AUGCCUCCUCGAAGACUUGAUAUACGCCCGCACCGCAUCCCACCACGCGAUUUCCGAAUUUCUGAGAAUACCACAAGACCGCAGACACCAACUAACACGACAAUACCGUAUACACCAAUGACACCAUUGAUUCCGACCUCCACAAUGAUAUCAACUAUGGUUGCGACUCGUGGAGUCACAAUCGAAGUUAUUUCGCUUAAUGGCGAUAUGAGCCGUACCAAUCCAGAGUUCGAGAACAUUGCAAGAGCGGCCGUUGACAUCGCAUGUAGCGACGAUCCGAGGAUAUCUUAUGGUGAACUUGAGAUUGAAGAGGAUUUGGAAGAAGAAAAUCUAUUCAAUGCAGCUCUAUACUGUCAUGAUGGGAGCAUGAGAUCCCUGAGUGUGAAAAUCUUAUUCGAUUACACUUACCGAAUCAAGACUAUCAAUGAAACACUCGAGUCGGUGGAUGUUGAAACUAUUGAAUGGAAUAACUGUACCAUUUGUAUUGAGUCAUAUACCACGGCUGCCACUCUAAGCGAGCCCGACACAGUGGCAAUUACUCCAGAAGAGCCUAGUACUUCUGACAUAACAAACGGUUUCGAAGAUUCGAUGGAUGCUUCAAACGAAUCUGAAGAUUCUAUCAUUGUUUCAAAUGAGCCACAUCACACUGCAGUAAAAAUAAAGACAUGUGAGCAUGUCUUCGGUAGGCAUUGUAUUGCACAAUGGUUGAAGGAGAAUAACACAUGCCCAAUGUGUCGUCGGAAAGUGUUACUACCUACGCCAUUUCAUCUACAGAUGUGGGUAUAUUAG